CCUGCCUGCCUGCCUGCCUGCCUGCUGUAGAUACCCUGACGGCAGGGGACUAUACUCGGCCUAUGAAUGGCCCGCCCAACGCUGCUUCACAGCUAGUCCACGGACUGCACUAGAGGUGGCGAACGGGUGGAUGCGAGCUGACCACAUCAUACACCGGAUUUCUAUUGAGUGUUUUCUCUGAUUCUUUGUGGAUUGUGGAAAAAAAAUUGAAAUUGUGUUUGAUCGAACAGUGAGUCGUCGCUAACUGUCUUGUGAGGCUGAAGUUUGUGAAUCGAUGUAAAGUGUGUGGAGCUGACGGACUCGUCCUUCUCAUGCACACAACGGCGGGAGUUUGCGCGUGACGAGCAGACGAGAGACAGAAAACGGCAGACGACAUAGUCACACACAAAACAUGGCGCGGUAUAGAGGUAUAUAAGCGACGGACACACGAUACAAUGUUCUUGGAUACAAUAAGCCCCCAGGACGUGUCGUAGCCAGGAUUAUACAAUGACUAUGGAUACUCUACGCAUAGUGAUGGCCCUAGCCUUAUCUUGGGCAGUGCAAGGCCAGAUUCUCGUGAGGAAGCGAGAUUUGACCGUCAAUGUGGGGCGGUCGGUGUUCUUUGAGCGAGAGGAUUUGGUGUUCGUGAGGGACAGACGCGGGGUGGACUGUCGCGUGGAGGUGGUGGACACAGACCCCAUCACCCAGAGAGUAGGAACUAUCGAGCCCCCGAUCUUCGACUGUGACUUCCUCUCGAAGACGGUGAAAUAUGUCCACAACGGGUCUCCGCUGUUGUACGCUGACGAGGUGAAGCUCCGAGCUCACCGCUUCACACAAACGAGCACUGUCACUGAAACAUUCUACCUGCGAGUACGGAUAGUGAACGCCUCACACGAGGUGAUAGUGACUAGAGGUCUCAGGUCUGUGGUUGUUCCCAAAUUCAAUGGAUUAUCCAACACGAUAGAUUCUUCAGUCAUCCGAUUCCGGAACAGUGAUAAUCACAAUGUCUCGUGCACCGUUGGUUUUUCCAAGUACCACUCCCACUGGCCCCUUGUGGGGCAGAUGGUUAUGGGAGCUGAUCGACAUGCUAUUGAUGCUGUGAAAAAAGAUUGCCGCGAAUUUCUUUUCAUGCAGCUCCACUACGAGCAUUUGCGAUCUCCAACACCGGACGUGGAUUACCUCCCUUUAACCGUGGAAAUAUUUGAUCCUACACGCAGUGAUGAAGUGGUGACUGAAAAUUUUUAUCUUCCAAUUUACAUCAAAGGUGCUUUACCUAAUUCUCCUCCCAAAAAUAAGAUGAGCAGCAUGAAUAUGAUGGAUGUGGAUCAGUUCAUUCUCACAACAAUCAUUCCAGGCGUCAUAUCAGCAGAAGACUAUGAGACCCCCAGUGCCCAGCUGGUGUAUAACAUAUCGAGGACGUUUCCCCCAGGACAUGGAUACCUAGUCAAGAGAGGCGACCAUGCCACACCAAUCACGUCAUUCUUACAGGAUGAUCUGGAGAACCACAGAAUUGCAUACCGACCACCCAAUGUUAGUUUCUCGGAGCGGCGGAUGUACGAGGUGGAGUUUACUGUGUAUGAUAGCCACUUCUCCAACAGCAUGCCCCUGAGGUUCCACGUUGCGGUUCACCCCUCGUCCACCAACGCCCCGCGAGUGGCGCAUAACCUUGGCUUGGUCCUUCUGGAAGGUCAGUCGAGAGCAAUAUCCACAAGCCUCUUGCAAAUUGUUGAUCGAGACAACCUAGACAGGGUGAAGCUGUAUGUGAAAGGGGGAUUGCAAUACGGGAAUAUUGAAGUUCAUGGCAGUCAAUCCAUUGUGUUUAGGCCGACGGAUUUGCUGAAUGGUGGGGUGGUGUAUCGUCAUGACGACAGUGAUUCAACCAAAGAUCGCAUAGAACUACGUCUCAGCGACGGUUCCAACACCGUGCUCUUCACCUUCCCCAUAAGCAUCAUUCCCAAGGAUGACACUCCGCCUCAUCUCAUCAACAACCUCGGUCUGCAGAUCAACGAGGGCGACAUGAAGAAGAUUAGUGAAGAUUUACUUCUAGCCCACGACACCGACUCUUUGGACUCCAACAUCAUCUUCACCAUCCUCUCAACCCCGCAAACUGGAGACAUCAUCAGGAAGGUCAGGCCAUCAGACUCAGGCACCAAGAUAUUUGGAUUCCGGCAACGUGACCUACUGAAAGGUCAGAUCUACUACCGGCAUUCUGGGAGAGAGGAGUUCAGGGACUCCUUCCGGUUCACGCUCCAGGAUCAGCAAGAACCACCAAACGAGUCGGAGCAGUUCGUAUUCCACAUUCUCAUCAACCCCAUGAACGAGAACCCUCCGCGACUGGCCCUGGAAGCAACUCGCAUAUUGUACGUCCCAGAGACGGACAUUGCCUACCUCAGCAACACAGAGCUCCAAUACACGGACGUGGAGUCUGCGGACAGACAACUCACCUUCACCAUCACAACCCCGCCCUAUUUUGUGUACAAUCGUGGCGAGCGAGAUGCAGGGCGACUCAUCUCAACCCACAACCUGACGAUGAUGAUGAAGGACGGUUCCACUGCUUCAGCGCAGACCUUCUCCCAGGAAGACAUCAACCACAUGAAGAUAGCCUACAUGCCGCCCAUGAACGACAUCGGCCCAGAGUCCCGACUCAUCAGGUUUGUGUACACUGUGGAAGACUCCAGCAGGAACAGACUGUACGGGCAGACAUUUGACAUUGAGGUCCUACCUGUGAAUAACCGCGUUCCGCAGUUUGUCACCUCAAAGUUGUUGGUGGAGGAGGGGGGUAUCCUCAGUAUUGCGUCCAAUCAGUUGUCCGCGAAUGAUGUAGAUACGUCGUCUGAGAAGUUGCGUUUCAUGCUGGAUGCGUUACCUCGCUAUGGCAUCAUCCAGAAGGGUGGCAUCGCUCUGAAGAGGGGAGAAGGUUUCAACAUUGCGGACUUGGAGAAGAAGGAUAUCAGGUACGUGCAUGACGGGUCCGAGAUUAUCCUGGAUACUUUCACGCUGAGUGUGUCCGACGGCCUCAACUCUGCCACCAAGGUCAUCUCGAUCGACAUUGUCCCGAUUGAUGACGAGUCGCCACAAAUGACCAACAACCUCCGUCCCUUCCUCAUAGUCUCAGAAGGAGGAGACGCCAUUGUGACGCAGAGGACGUUGUCCGCCACCGACGUCGACACAGACGAAUCGUCUCUGGUGUUCCUCAUCGUCAGACAACCCAAAUAUGGAAUCCUCCAACUAGAGGCCCAGCCGGUCACCAAGUUCACCCAGACAGACGUGAAGGAGGGGAAGGUCAGCUACCUACACACCAGCGGAGAGAUCGGGAUUGCGAAGAUUCAGGACGUUGUUACAUUCAUUGUGUCCGAUCAGAACUUCCUCCCGUCCGCAGACAUGCCUAUGUAUGAUCUGAACAUCACAGUCACACCCGUCAACAACCAGAAGCCCACGAUCAGCCUGGGGAACCCCGUGUUUGUGUCUGAAGGCGAGAUCUUCAAGAUCACCAGCGACAUCCUGAGUGUGUCGGACCCAGACUCCAGAACCAAGGAUAUUGAGUUGAUGAUCACCAAACAACCUCAGUGGGGCUUCCUGGAAAACACCAAGCCUAGUCCAGGGUCGGAACGAAGCAAUGCCGGCGUCCGCAUCAACAUGUUCAAGUUCCGCGACGUCCUUGACGGCGCCAUCAACUACGUACAAGCUAACCAUAAGGGCGUGGAGCCAGUGAGGGACGAGUUCAGUUUCUACGCAACAGAUGGAAAACUUAACUCCCCUACAGAAAACAUUGCCAUCACCAUCGUCCCAGCUAACGAUGAGGUUCCAGAUCUGAUGUUGAGAGACUUUUCCGUUCCCGAAGGAGGCAGCAAGAUGAUUGACCAGUCCAUGGUGGACGCUAUUGACCUGGAUAUGCCCAAGGACUCCCUCGUCCUGACUGUAUCCCAGCGGCCUGAACACGGGAACAUGGUGAUGAUGCUGCGUACACGCAAAGGGGGGGUGGAGACCGACAUCCACGACUUCACAAUCGAUGAACUCCACAGUGGCAUGCAGCUGAAGUACGUUCACGACGGAUCCGAAACCUUCUCCGACAAGUUCGCCGUGACAGUGUCUGAUGGCAAACAUGAAAUCAAGAGGGUCUGUAAUGUCUCCAUCAAGUUAAACAAUGAUGAACGCCCAGAGAUUAUCAAGAAUGCAGGCUUACACCUGGACUAUGGAGAGUCUGCUCUCAUCUCCAGCGUGGUUCUCCAGGCCACGGAUGAGGACAACGGAGAUGCGCAGCUGUAUUACAUCGUUGUCCAACUGCCCAGGAAGGGGUUCCUCCAGUUCUGCCCCGACCCCUUCUCUAACAAUCUGGCAGUGGAGUGUCGGGACUUUCAAGAGGGACAAAACUUCACCCAAUACGACGUGGAUCAGAACAAGAUCCGCUACAUCCACACCACCAGCAUGGGCAGCACCGAGACCGACAGCUUCAUGUUCGUCCUCACUGACAACAGAUACAAGCGGCCUGAGGAGACAUUUGAGAUCAGGAUAGCCAACUCCAAGAAAGCCAACAUUGCCCUGCUGAACCGAGGCAUGGCUGUUCGUGAGAGUGAGCGGGUCGCCAUCAGCACGUCCAACUUGAGUGCUUCUGAUGAAAGUACCAAAGCAGAAGAGAUUGUGUUUGCGGUGAUCAGAGCCCCUAGACUUGGCCAGAUUGAGUACAUCGACCGCCCAUUCACGCCUAUCAGUAGUUUUACACAGUUAGACAUAGCAUCCCAGAAGGUUGUUUACAACCACCUGACAAAGAACGACAUCAUUGAGGACUCCUUCACCUUCACUGUCACCAACGGACUCAGUGAAGCCAAGGACGGCGAGUUCAGGAUCGUCAUCCAGCCUCUGGAUCAAGUACUCCCCACUCUCGUGGCCAACAAACUGCUCGAAGUCCUACAGGGCACCGAGGAAAUCUUGACCCCACUCCAGCUCAAGGUCACUGACCCAGACACGUCAGCCUUGAACCUCACGUUCGUCAUAGCUAAACCUCCAACCUAUGGCAAAUUGUACAACAGGGGAGUCCCCAUCAAGAAGUCUUUCACACAAAAUGAAGUAGAUCUUGGCUUUGUUACUUACGAGAGUGAUGGCACUCGAGCUGGUCUGGAUAACUUCCUCUUCAAAGUGAAUGAUGGCCGACACGAGGGGUUCCUCAUUAAUGGAACACUUCAGUCGAACCCCGCCAUGUCGAGUAUCUUCAUCAAACCCCUCAUCGAGGAUGCCCCCAAACUUGUUACAAAGAAGCAACCAAAUAACCUGGAAUAUUUUGGGGGACAGAGGUAUGGCUAUGUUCUGACAAACCGUAUUUUGCGAGUGGUAGACAGCGACACCGAGAGCUCGGGGCUGAUUUACGUCAUGCUGCAGAAACCGAAACAUGGACAUAUUGAAAACACUGCAUCCAAACGAUUCGUGAGACGUCGAUUCACCCAGCAAGAUCUUGAUGAUGAAAGCUUGAUGUACAUCAUCAACAAGGCGGACAAGUCCACCAAUGACAGUUUCACCUUCAAGGUCGAAGACAGUCGAGGCAAUGCACUCGAGGACCAGGUGUUUGAAAUGAAGUGGUCUAGAAUUGAAUUCAUAAAGGAGGAUGUUGUUGUUUGCGAGAACGUUGGUACGUUGUCCGUGACGUUGCAGAGAACUGGUGCUAUUGACCAGUCAGCAUUCAUUGGAAUUAAUGUCCGCCAAAUGUCGGCGCGGAGAGAUGAUGACUUCUCGCCAAGUUCAGCAAAACAAGUUCAGUUUGACCCUAGUAAAUCUCAGGCCACAUGGGACAUUACCAUUAAAGAUGACGGCAUCGAGGAGAACAACGAGAAACUUCGACUCAUCCUCACCGACCCCAUCAACGCCGUCAUUGGAGACCAACGCAAACUACGACUACGGAUCAUCAACGCUGAACACGGUGAAUGUCCCCAGUACCUGGGAAUGGUGAGCAAGAACCGUGGGGAGGACCAGAUGACUAUUGAGGAGAACAUGUUCGUGCCCUCGCGCACCGACGUCAACAGAGACACCAUCGUCACAUACCACAAAGUGAACAAGUUGGCUCCAGUAAACACGUUCGAUAACGCAUUCCUAAACACAGAGCCUAAGACGGUAGUUGACAAAGGCGUCGGAACCCAGCCCAAGCCUGCGGGAAAGAAACGGAAACAAUCGAAGAAAAAUCGCAAAAGGAAAAAGAAGGAUAAGAAAAAUAGAAAGAAUAAGAGAAACCAGUCUACGCCGAAAUCCCCUAAGAAGGACCCCAGUCCCAGCUCAGCUCCAGUGAAGGUAUAUAAAUCCAAGAACAUCAAGAAGUGCACGGCAUCAACGAAAGACCUUCUGACGUUCGAUAGUUUCAAGCAGCAGCUCCUGAAAUGUAACGGCAAAGAAUGGCUGGUGUGGACAUCCGUCUCCAGCAGUGACGAGCGGCCGCGCAGCAGUCUGUGUCAAGCAGGCUGGAGUGAGUACGAGGGCCGAUGCUACAAGUUCAUGAACGACAAGUUGCCGUGGGACGAGGCGGAACAGCUGUGUUUUUCCUCCUACCAAGCCCACAUGACCAGCGUCCACUCCAUCAAACAUCUCAAGUGGCUGUUUGAGCAGGCAGGCAAGAAGUCCUUCUGGAUCGGCCUGAACGACAAGCGACAGACAGGCGUGUGGAAGUUUAUCAAUGGCGACCCGGUGGGAGUGACCAACUGGAAGAAUGGCCGACCCCGGGUCAAGAGGAUGCUGCACAAGAAAAACUGUGUUGUGGUCAAGAAGCGGAUGAAGUGGAGGAACAAGCACUGUGACAAAUACAAUGCCAGGUUUAUCUGUGAACUUAGUGUCAAAGGUCAGCAGGCACGCCAACACAAAAGGUCACGGAAAGGACCUUCUAGGAGACAUGUUCGGCGGGACCGCAAAGUCAGGAAUGGAGGGGGUUUCUUCUUCGGUUGAAAGUGCAAAUAUUCGGCCACCAGGCAGCCUGUUAAGCUCAAAUAUGUAUGACUGCCAUGAAUCAGUUGUAGCCAGUCGGAACCGGCAGUUGGCAGAAUAAACUAGUGAUGACCAGUUAGACAGAUUAGACUUGUUCAAACAAGACGCAACUGGUCCGACCUGUUUUUUUUGGUCUGUCAGGAACUGAGAGUUCAAGGCCAGUACCAGAGCCCAAUGUUCAACCUUCAUAUGCUAGUACAAUCUGGAUUAACUGCCAUACCUGGAGACUGGUGUCAGUUUCAGUGACGUCAGGGUCACAGUCACCGACUUGGAGGGCAGCGUUAUGAUGUAAAAGUGAUGGAUUCCUCCCCUGUAUUAAAUACUAGAUGUACAUGUACGUUCUGAGAGUUAGCUCACAGUGGCGCUUCCUAGAGUAGGGGCAGCGCUGGCACAACCUGUAUACAGCACCCGGCACCAGAUUCACAGACAACAAUAUAAAAUACGAUCCUCCUUAACCUCUAGUUGUAUCCAUUAUUUGUCUUUGUAAACUUGUAAAGUUCCAUUGAGGAAGUGGGAUAUGUUCUUGGAGCGCUGGGGUUAUCGACAACCAUGCCUCCAGUGAAGAUCAUUCGGGAGAAAUGUUCAGGAACAAGGAUUAAGGAGGAACGCAUUCUGUAACGUCGUCAGAGCAAGACCUCCACAAGCCUCCGUUUAUUCUUCACUUAGUUUGUAAUCCGGUGCCAUGUGCUUGUGUACAGAUCAUGUGACCUACGGCUGCCCACGUGUUUCAGCAGCAGCCAUUGUGUCCUAUAGUUUUGUAUCAAAACAAGAUGGUGGCACAGCCGUGUUUACAGAAUAUUACCUCCACCCAAAGGGGUGGGUUGGGUUUGCUCAGAUAUUGUACCCGAUAUUCUCCUGGGUCUUGCUGUCCAGCUAGACCUAAAGCAUUAACAUAAUACAAAGCAUAAUGAAAGAACAAAGCUCAUAGUAGUUUAUUGCCAUAAUCACGAGCUACAAGACCGCACAGCUGUAGAGACUAUACAGACGCAGAGAAAUGUGGACAUUGUCUUUCAAAGCUGACAAAAUGGCUUCAGGUUAAGUAUUAGCAUGUACACUGUAUUUCAACUUAUCCAUCCUAGGUCGUAGUAUAGGCAGUCGAUGACAAAAACGUUAAGUAAGUUUUCAUUAGGUGAGAGGUUGAAAGUAUAUUCCGGAAACCAAUAUGUUACUUUGAAAUCGGCGAGAAUUCUAAAUGUCUACGGCAAGAUAACAUAUUUAGUGACCUUUUCAAUAUUUUUUCCAAGGGUACUGUUGUUAUGGCAACUUGAUGUUUUAUCCAGGAGGUGAAUAUUGAUUGAUUGCACACUGAUUUUCAUCCUUAUUCAAACUGCCACGUAGUAUUUGAAGCAUUGCUUGUUUAAAUGUUGUUUAUUUAAGAACAUGUUGUUUCUUCCGGGCAUCGCCUUAGUUCACAGUAAAUCCAAAGAUAAUAACAUUUAAUCUAGAAGUAAUAACCGCCAGAAUAGAAUUUUUAUAUAAAACAUAAUUGCAUCUUUGUAGAGCGACGUACUUUGUCAUAUGAACAUAUUAAUUUGCAAACUUUUCCAGACUUAUGGCUUUGACCAUCAAAGUUGUUAAUUGUAUUACAUCUAGUGACCUCCUGUGAACUUAAGCGCGAUGGCUCCAUGGUAAGCAAUACAUGAGCUAUGUGAUGACUUGUUUAGAUGUAAAUAUACUGUCCCCAUAUACUACCUAUAGCGGCUCCACAGCGUAUAUAUCCUGUACAUAGUUCAACUAGCAAAGUCCUACCACUACACUAUGUAAUUUAAUACAUCACAUAUUACAAAUACUGAAUCAUGUCAAUGCAAUUGAAAAUUUGAAUAUCCUAUUCAUUAAUAUGUAAAAAAAUAUUCUUUUAAUCUUACUAAAUCAAGUUGGGAAAGUGAAGACUUGGUAAACAUUUCUCUUCCGUGCAUUUUCUUCUCUGACAUGUGCAUAUCAGUGUUUUUUAUAGGAUGUAUUUCGUCCAACAUAUCAACCAAUAUAUUAUCGAUUAUCAAUUGAAGAGGACUUUAGACCUGGCCAUGCCUUGGUUUCAGCACGUCUUAUCAAGCACGUAUAUAACGAAGUAUACACAUUUCCAAUCGUAGUUUCUACCAUAUGAACUAAUCACGUGUCCAGUGCAGGGUGUGGAGUUGGAGGUGCCCCGUGUGGGGCAAGCCUAGUGCUAAUGGUGAAAUCCAGUCCCUUUGGGGGCAUAUUAAUAUAACAUACAGUUUAUGAAAUAAGGUUGUGUUCAACUUUUAUAAUUUCUUUUGUACAAAUUUGUAUAUUUGUAGCCAUGUUUAGCUGUGUCAGUAUUUUUGUCAUUCUCUUGUCUGUCACCUUCCUCUCAAUAAAAACAUCAAAAUAUGUC